AUGGACGCUCAUCCUGCUCUGCUUAACCCAACGGCGGCCGAUGCCACGGCGCCCGAAGACUUCACUGUCGAAUUCGAUACGACGGUUGGCCCCAUGCUGAUCGAUGUCAACCGUGCCUGGUCUCCCCACGGCGCCGAUCGCUUUUACAAUCUCGUCAACAUAGGUUUCUUCACCGACAUCAUCUUCUAUCGUGUGAUCGAAGGGUUCAUGGCGCAAUGUGGAUUGCAUGGAGAUCCAACGAUCACCAAAGCCUGGCGCGAUGCUUUCAUUCCCGAUGAUCCGGUUGUCGAACAAAACAUCGCGGGCCGGUUGUCGUUCGCGACGUCCGGGCCAGGGCGCCGUACGACGCAGAUCUUUAUCAACACCGCGGACAAUCGCCGGCUCGACACAAUGGGUUUUUCACCCUUUGGUGUGGUGCGGGAUAUCGAGGUCGCAAAGGCGCUUCAUGCUGGCUACGGCGAAUCCACGCCCAGUGGUAAGGGACCACGGCAAGGGAACAUCCACCGCGAAGGCAACGCGAUGUUACGCCGAGACUUUCCGGAACUCGACAGCAUCAAAACCGCCCGCAUCGUCUGA